AGUAUCACAGUGACUUCACUGUUCAAACACAGGAAGGAGAGUGAAACCUCUCCCAUGACAGAAGACACUUCAGACAGCUGCUCUGUCCUGAAGAAAACCCGCUGAGCCGCAGGACUUCAGAACUGUCCAGAGAGAAAAACCAGCUUCAUUACUGAAGCUUUUCUGGUCUUUUUCAAAGAAGGCGUUGAUUGGACUUUAUGUGACGAGUGAAGCCACAGAAACUGAGCGUAAAAGCGGAGUGAGUGACCUUAACAGCAGCCAAACACGGCGAUGACGUCACGCAGCACAGCCAGCUGGGCCGCAUUCCUUCGCUUCACUCCUCCUCCUCCUCAUUCCCGGGUGAGUGUGUGAGAGGAGGUGAGUGUUGAGGUCACAGUCAGUCAGCCUCCCAUCAGCAAGGAGCCCGAGCGAAGAGGAGGAGGAGGAGAGGAAGAAGAGCGGUGUGGAUGAAGCAGAGGACAAGCUGAACGUCAGGGGCUGAUGCCUGUCAGUCCUCCUGUCCUCAGCGGUGCCGUCUCUCCUGCUGUCUGUUGCAGUUUCGGGCGUCUGGCCUGCCUCUGCAGAAGCGUGGGCCAUGGAGCUGAAGGUGUGGGUGGAGGGCGUCCUCAGGGUGGUCUGCGGCUUAUCGCUGAGCACCUCCUGUCAGGAUGUCGUCAUCACUCUUGCACAAGCGAUCGGUCAGACGGGCCGGUACACCCUCACCAUGAAGUACCGAGGGAACGACAGGAUCCUGGCGGCUGACGACUGUCCUCUGCAGCAGCUGGCUCAGCUGGGACCUCUGGCCGCAGAGGUCCAGUUUGUCCUGCAAAGAACCGGUCCCAGCCUCAGCGAGGACUCACACGGCCCCACCCUUGGGAGAGAGCUUCCCCCACCGACACCAUCGGGACCUCUGAAGCCCAGGGGUCCUCAGAAGGCUCUCACCUUCAAUUUAGGCCCCUCAUCUCUACCAAGGAGGAGUAAACAACACAAAGCCAUGUCUCCAUCCCCCAGAUCCUCGCCUGAGCCGUCAUCACACGGCUCUGACUGUGAAACGGCCUCUAAAGAGGAGGCGUUCAAGCAGAUCCUGCAGCACCGGAGGAGGCUGCAGGAUCUGGAGCUGCAGAUUGAAGCUCUGGAGAAAGAGACAGUGUUUCAGGAGCAGGAUAGCUCUCCUGCUGAUGCCUUCAGCCUGAGUCCAGCAUUCACAGAGGAGCUGGCAGAUCUGGAGCAGCAGUUCAGGCAGAACCAGGUGGAGUUGACGUACGGCGAGACCUGGGAGGAGGAGCUACAGCUGGAGAUGGACCUUGAACUGGCGAGGAGCAAACGCCUCGAUGAGAUUUGUGCCUCCAUUGAUGAACAAAAUGAAGAAAUUAAGGAGCUUCGCACGCAGUGUGUAAAGCUGGAGGAGGAGCUGGACCUCAGGGCCCAGAGCGAGAGGUCCCAGGUGGAAGCAAAGCAGACAAACGAGGUCAUCAUGUCCCUGACACAGAAGCUCCAGAGGCGCCUGCAGCUGGGAGAAGAACUGGAGAGGCUGCUGGCAGAAAGCCAGCAGGAGCUGCAGACGGCAGAGGAAAGGGUAAAGGAGAGGCAGGAGAUGAUCAAGGAGCUGAACAAAGAGCUGAGGCAGAGCAACCUGCAGCACUUCAUCCACCAGGCGGGGGUGGCUCCGCCCCCUGAGCAGAACAACCUGCUGCACCUCCAUGAUGCUCACCUCAAAGGCUCAACCAUGAUGGAGGAAAAACUGUGAAGAUGAAACAAUAGAAGGUUACUUUUUAUUUUUGACAUGUUUAGAAAAAAGAAUAAACACUAUGCUAAAAAAAUAUACUACUGCUGACUUUUGCAUCAAUUUAGAAAAUUCAAGAAAAUGAAAAAUCCUCCAUAGAAUCUAAAAAUAAGAGGAACCUCUUGUGUGAACUACCAGUAACUUCCUUUUUUUGUCACAGGACACAGAAGAAUCAGACAUUUCCUGAAACCUGUCCUGUCCCCAUACCUGUGUGUGUGUGUUGUCCCACUGUGCAAAUGUAUGUGUGAGUGUGUGAGUCUGAGAACUGCACUGCCUCUGGGGUUGAAAAAAUGCCCUGAAGAGAGAAAAACGAAACAAAAGUUUUUUAGGUGUGUUUUAUAUUUUUGUGAAUGUUGUUUUCUAGAAAAUGUGACACUCUUCUUUUUGUACAUGAAAAUGGCAUAUUUAUUCUGUAAUAAAGAUCAGCUGAUGCA